UUGUCAAAUAAACAGCAAGUCAGCUGUUGCCUGCUGUCGGUUUCCACAAAAAAGCACUAAUAAAUUAAUAUUAGUUAACGUUUUCAGAUCGGCUUUUAAAAUUUGUAUUGACCAAUGGAUUCGAAUUUGCGUAACCUUAAAGAUUUUCUCACAUUAUACAACAAAGUCACCGAGUUGUGCUUCAAUCGCUGCGUUGAUAAUCUCAGUCAGCGCGAACUGUUCGACCAGGAGAGCGUCUGCGUGGACAGAUGUGUGACCAAAUUUGCGCGCUUCAAUCAAAACAUGAUGAAAUCCUAUGUGGAUGUGCAAACAAAAAUUAAUGCCAAACGCAUGGAGGAAGUGGAACAGAACGCCAAACAAUUGGAGCAACAACAGCAGGAGGAACGCAUCAAGGAGCAGCUCAAGGAGAAGGAAGUCGCUGCCGCCGCUGCCACAGCUGUGCUGACGCCAGCCAAGCUGUCCAUGUAGCAGCAGCAAACGCAUGC